CAUGCUGGACUUGGGUUAUCAGUAGAAGGAGCGAUCACAACAUGCAUAAAUAGGAGAUGUUGUAAUUGUUGCUCCCCCUACUUGAGUGAGAUCAACACAACUUUUAAAGUUUGGAUUAUUCCAUCAACCAGACUGGUUCGAGACUCAUCUUGUCAACUCCCCGAUAUUGGUGGUGAAGAUCCUUCUGUUCUUUAUGUUAAACCUGGAUAUGAAGCCGAUCUUGAUUCAUUGAUACAAGACACAAUUCGACUUGCCAUCUCAGUUAAAGAAACGUGCUCUCAAGCUUGUGAUAAGUCUGAACCUAAAGUGCAUUAUUUGGGUAUAAGGAAUUCAGCCUCCACAGAGAAAAGGUGGUUUAAGCUAUUGGAGCUGAAGGAAAAGCACCAUUUCAAAAUAUAA